AACUGCUGCUUUGAAAAGUAUUUGACAGCUUAUAAACUUUUAAUUAAAUUUAAUUUAUUUAUUUCUAAAUCAAAGAAAUUAGUGUUCCUCUACAUUCAGCAUCUAAACUCUUUAAAUAGUAAAAUAUCUCUCACAAACAUAAUUUCAUCAAUACUGAAUAAUUUCUUUUUGAAAGUAAUAUAAUUGAAUAAAUUCAACAGCAAUCUAAAAAUGAAUUAAAGUGUACCUGUGGACGUACGAAAAAAUUAAUCAUAAAAUUCUGGACCAAACCGUCUGACAAGAAUAGAUUAAAAUAUCCAAAAUGUCUUCGGCAGAUUUAGCUGCAUGUGUUAUGGAAGUCACUGGCAGUACACGUCAAGUUGCUUUGAAUCUCUUAGCUGCAUGUGCGAAUGAUGUCCAAGCUGCCGUGAACCUUUUCCUUGCAAACGACGAAAACGGUGAAGUCGAUGUAGAAUCAGUGGCUGACGUUGUUAACCCAUACCCAGGAGAAGAUGAUGUACGUGCACCUAUUGCACCCAUACGGGAACAAUUGAUUGGGCCCGAUGAUGAUAACUUUAGACAUUCAUCUCAAACAACUGGGUCAAAGGCUCGAUCACUACCACGAAUAAAAGUUUGUCCUUUGCGUGAUUUUGCGAGGGAGGGUAGUAUAAUGGAAGAAAGUCUUGUCGGUCCAGAAGCAACGAUGCUUCCUUCAGUUCCAAAUGACCGGCCAACUAGAUCGAGUAGGAGUUCGCGUGCUCUUGAGAUGUCUAGGCGUGCUAGGUCGUCAACAUCUACUAGCUCUUCAUCUAAUUCCACGGUGGGUCGCUUAGGGUUAGGAGAUCUUUUUCGACCCCCUACGGACCUUGCUGUCGCUGGAACAUUUCAGUAUGUGCGCACAAAAGCAACUAAUAUGAAACGUUGGUUGUUGGUCAAUGUACAAAGUGACAACUUCAACUCUCAAUUGCUCAAUCGUGAUGUAUGGUCUCAGGUUAAAGUACGUGACUUGAUAAAGAUCAAUUUUCUUCUUUGGCAGGUAGCGUCUGAUACAUCAGAAGGUGCACGUUUCUCCACAUUUUAUCACUGCAACGAAACCCCCUACAUUUGUAUAAUUGAUCCCAGAACUGGAGAAGAGCUAUGGAAAAGUAAACAUCCGAAUAAAAUAGAUUUCCUGGAGUCAUUACAAGUUUUUCUUAGUGAACAUGCAUCAGAAGGUUUCUUUCAAAGUGAUUUAUCAAAGCCGGGUCCAUCUUCGUCCAUGCAGUCAAAUACUGACAAGUCAAUAACAAGGACAGUUACAGGAAAUAGAAAAAGAACACGUUCGGUCGAACACGCUACAGAACUCACAGAAGAGGAACAGAUAAUGCUAGCAGUGCGAAAUUCUCUCAAUGAAAAUGGAUUUGCCAACAAUUCAAAGAAAUCCAAAAAUUCGGAGGACGAAGAAGACGUUUUUCAAGAAAUUUCGGACAGUGAUGAUGAUUUACAAAAUACUCCCGUUAAAAAUAAAAAACCAGAAACUGAUGAUACACAAGACAAAGAGGAAGUCAUCCCGGAGUUGCACACUGCAUACCUAGGAACAGCUAAUGAUGAAAUAACAACUCUUAAAAUACGUUUAGUAAACGCUGGCGUUGAUGAAAGCGUUACAAUAAAAUGGCCUUCAGAUACUAAGCUACGUGCCCUCCAACUGUAUAUUUCAGAACAUUUUCCAAAGGUGAAUGGAAAGUUUAAAUUAAUUUCGCCAUUCCCUCGAAAAGUUGUUGAUCUUGAUGAGGAAAAUUUAAUGCAAACGCUGAAAGACGCCAAUUUGCACCCAUCGUCUACAUUACAUGUGCACCUAGAUGACUGAAUAAACACAUACUUGUCAGAAUACAAUUUAAAUUGUUUGUUUUAGUUAAUAACUAAGUUUUUAUAAUACUAAAUUUUAUUUAUAUAAAUAUUGAUUUUAAUUGAAUAAGAAAGAAUUUUAUUUGAAAAGUUGCGGUUAAUAUUAACUCAAUUUGUUUCUCAAUAAAAUUAUUUUACAGAAGAUGUACAUUUUAA